AUGCCGCCUCACUUCCUCCCCUACCUCACCUUCACGGAGACCCACCUGUUCCCAGGGUCCGGCAACUCCCCCUUCGACUUCGACAUCGAUGACCAUGGCGACAUUGACAUGGACGACUGCAAGCAACUAAGGCCCAAAGAUUUAGAAAUGGCCUUUAAGCUCAUGGGCGAAAUCUCAGACGAGUCAUAA